AUGACAUCACUCUUUGAGGUUCCACGUUUAGCUAAACAUUUGAGAGAACAUUUCAAACAAUGUUCUCUACUCGAUUUUGUUGAUGAUCAAGCUGAAAAGGACGUUGCUGCUAUUCCCACUGACCACACAGUCAAUCACGACACUUGUCAUCAAUUGUUACAAUUUUCUGAUCAUCCUCCCUUCCAUGUUGAUAUCCAAAUCGAAUCGAAAACAGAAAAUACCGAACACGUAGACAUGUGGAAACUUGUGUUCAUCCAUUCCGAUGAUCAUCGUGAUUCAAACUCUUUCACACUUUCCUUUUUUAAAUUUUUUCAAAUAUUUGAACCAUCAUGGCGUGAUGAUGAAAAACAACUUGUUGUUGAAAAGAAAAAAUUGGAUGAAAAUUCCAAACAAUGGAUUCAAUCCACUCAAAUUCUAUUGAAACAUGUGAAGGUUUUCAUUCCAAUGUCAACAACAAAUAGUAGUUUAUUAUUUCGAUUCGAGUGUGAAAUUGUGGAUUUGAGUUCAAUCAAAAAGAUUCUUCCCAAAUUGUUUCGAGAGGAAAAUUUGCAACAUUUGAAAUGUGUGUGCCAUGUCACCAAAACCAAUGACACUGGUCUUGACAUGCAUUUCGAUAUUCGAUUGGCAUCAAAUGAUGAAAAGGAAAUGAUUGAACCUGUUUUGAUUGUUGACACUAGUUGCACAUGCAAACACGUAAAAACAAAUUUUGAUUUACAAUUAUUGGUACAUACGAAUAUUCCUAGAAUUGAUACACUUCAGUUGUCAAAUAUUGAAACUACAGAUGAUGGAAAUACUCGUGGAAUUAUUGUAAAAUGGAAUGAUGCUUUUGGUAUUCCAAAGUUAGUCAUUUCAAAGACCAUUGUAACGUUCAAUUUACUAACAGUCAAGUCACAACUUUCUCUCGAAUGUCACAUUGCCACCAAACAUCACAAUUAUAUUUUUCGUGGUAAAUUAUCAGACUCUGUGAUGGCAGUUGUUGCAACAAGAAGUGAUCCCAUUACUCUUCAAGAAUUAUCUCAUCUCUUUUGUGAAUUCAUUGGAUUAGAAACAGACAAGUUUGACAAACACAAUAAGGACAUUCAAUUAAGCAAUUUGACUCUCUCAAUUUCAUCUGCAGAUGGAACCAUUGAGAAUUACAAGGUGAAAAAGGGAAUUAUGAUUUCAUGUCAAUUUAAAUUUUUUUCACUUUCCAAUUUGAAAUGUUCCAUUCACCUCUCGCCAGACAAUAUUCUACAAGUGAGAGGAAGUGUUGAAUUGAACGAUAGUCUUCCCAUUCUCAGUUCACAUCUCAAAGAAUCAUUGAUGAAACUAUUGAAAGGAUCAAAAUUAUUUUUUGAAUGGAAUGUCAUGACACCCACUAAAAUCACCAUGGGAGCUCUUUGUAAAUUUCAAUUCUUGGAAAGUGUUCGAUUGGAUGGAAGAGUGUUUUUUCAAUCGACGAUUGGAUUGGAUUCAUUAACUCCUAAAGUGUUCAUUUUGUGUGGAUUGGAAGCAGAAUCCUUGUCGACCUAUUUUCCAAAUCAAUCUUUGAUUCAAUCGGCAAUCACAACGAUUGAGAAAGUGAUCAAGUAUGAAAAAGCAUAUUUCAUUUUGAGUACUUUUGAUUAUUAUUUUGAUGAUACCUCUAUAGAUUUAUCAAUUAAGGAAAUUGAUGAAUUGAAAAUUGACAUUAAGGCGAAUUCUUUGAGUUUGAUUCUUGUGUUAGAAUCCAACAAUAGCAAAUGGUACAUGUUAAAUGACAAGUUAAAAACAAGUUAUCAAUGGUUGACUUGUUUAAUUUCAUCCAAGUUGAAUAUUUUGCACACAGAUUCUCACUCCACAGAAAUCUCAAAAGAAACAUUGAAAGACAGCUCGGAUGAAGAAAAGAAUGAUUCAUUAGCCAAUUUUGAAACCAUUCUGACAGUGGUUGUUGGAAACGGAAGAACUCUUCUUCAACCAGCUCAAUUCGGUUUUGGAAUUUCUUUUAACAAUUUAAAGUUUCCAGUUGGAACUAGAAUUGCCUUUGUCCCUCUCAAUCUCUCACUUUCUAUUUCUCAAAAUCCAGAAGUACUAUUUCGAGUGGGUGUUGAAAUUAUUUCAUUCAAUAUUUUCACACGUGUCACAAAUGCCAUACUUUCAAAAUUGAACAUUGAGUGUACAAUGAUUGAAAAAGUGCCACAAAAGUCGGAACCACUUCUCUUCAUUCUCGAAGGAAUUGUUAGCGCAACAGAUAUUCAAUUAUUUGGUAAAAUGAAAGGACAAUGGAAUCAACCAUUUGGAUUAAAAUGGUUAAAAAUUGGAUAUUGUGAAUUAGGAGUGGAUUUGAAUUAUGCAGCGCUUGCUACCACUGGAUUACCUUCUGGUGUGAGUAUGCAAGCCAAUGUGACUCUAUUCCAAGACAAGAAGCUUGGCAUGUACAUUUCUAUCAAUGAGAACAUUCUUGAAGAUUUCCUAAUUCUGAAAAUGGAAAAUUUUGGAAUUCAAGAUUUUAUGACACUUACUCAAUAUUUAUUGAAUGUCCAAUUUGAGAACAAAUUUCUCACUUCUUAUCAAUAUCUCCGUAUUGUCAAAGCUGGAAUUAGUUUAUCUGCAAAAUCCAUGAUGAUUCGAGAUGGAUUCACAACCAUGGACGUGGCUACUGGUAAAAAAACAGUCAAACGUCGUAAAAUUCCGAUGGGAAUGACACUUUUUGCAGAUAUUGUCAUUGAGUUACCAAAAAUUCUGGAAAAAUCGAUGGAGGGUAUUUUGGCAGCCAUUCUCACACCAUCGACUGGCAUUCAAUAUUUUGGAAAAAUUUCACAAUUUCAAUUGUGGGAUGGUCAUAUUGUGGUGAGUGGAUUUGAUGUGGAAAACAAAACACUCUUGUUAGUGGAAAACAAAAAACUCAGUUCAGAAAAUAAUGAUGUUUUGGAUUUUAAAACAUUACAAGGAUUAUUUCCAUCUUCUUCUGAAGAGAAUGAUGACCAACUUUGUUUAUUGUCUCAUGAGGAAUCCAUUGAGAAGAGUCCUGAAAUUUAUCUUUUCAUACCAUUCAAUAAUGAUGGAAAAGGUCCUAAAAUGCGUGUUUCUGGAAUGAUUGAAUUUUUGGACAUGUUUAAAUUUGGUGCUGAUCUUUUCUUCGAUCCUUCGAGUGGAGAAGUGAGUUUUAUGGCAGAAAUUGGAUUGGCAGAAGGUAUUGAUGUGUGGAUUCAAUUUUCGCAAACUUCGAGUGGACCUCGUUUGAAAGGAAAGAUCAAAGGAUUGGAAAAAUUGGCUCUCCUCAUUCGACACGCAAUUAAGGAAUACAAGAAAUCAUCAUCAUCUGUAAAGAACCUUCAUAUUGGAAAUGGUUCUUCCUCGUCGUCGGAUAUGAAACUUGAAGAAGAUGAGAAAAAAUUGAGAAAAAUUCUUGAAUUUAUUAAGGAAAAAAUUAGAGCUGAAAAAGAGUUAAAUGUCGCUGAAAAGAAGGUGGAAGAAGCACGACGAAAAUAUUCUCUAAAAAUUGGAGAAAGUAUCUCUCGAAUGAAUCAGGAAAUUUCGAAUUUCACAGAAAUGGGAAUUCAAAUUUUUGAGAAUGUGAAAGAUGUAGUGGAAAGAAAGAUUUUCAACAAGUGUGUAGAUGAGUUGCACGAGACUCAGAAAUUCUAUGAAGAGUGUAUGGAGGAUCUCGAUAAGGCGAUUGACAUGUUUAAAAAGUUACUUCAUGAAUAUUGUGUGAAAAAUUCACAAAUUUUCAAUCGUGUGAAUGAAACUUUGGAUGAUAUUUCUCAAGCAGUAUUUGAAAAACUAGACAAUUUAUCCAAUGAUACUCGUGAUUUGAUUUGUGAUGCAGCAGCUUGUGUGUUAGAAUUGAUCGAGCAUAGGUUUAAACUCGUGGAUGUGAACUUUCUUAUUUUGGACAAUGUCUUGGCUCUUCAAAUGACCUUUAUUUUGGGCAAAGGUGAUGAAGAGAAGGUGAUUACUUUGAAGAAUAUUAAUUUGAGAAAACUCAAGAAUAUUGUUGUGGAAAUUGCAUAUGCCAUUAUUUCACCGUUUACAACAACACCCAAUCAACACCACUCGAGCAACACAAGUUCUAACCAUGAAGAACAAAUGAAGCAAGAAAGCAAACAACAGAAUACCCAGCAAGCGAGACGUCGUGGUGGUUUCUGUUGUUUUAGAGGAGACUAA